GCACCGCCUUUCCUUCUGGGAUUCUGGGAUUAACUCCCAUACAACCUUUUGCCGCCCCACCCCUGCCCCGCCCCCAUCCCCACCCCUACACCCUCUGGGGGCGUUUACCGAGUAGAAGUUGGUGUCGGUGACUUUAAAGUGGCAUGACGACGAUGGAAACGGAGCUUCCAGUGGAACCACAAUCACUGAAGAAGCUCAGCUUCAAAUCCCUAAAGAGAGCCCUCGAUCUCUUCUCUCCCCUCCAUGGCCACUUCCCUGCUUCCGACCCCGAAAGCAAGAAGGUUCGGAUGAGCCAUAAGCUCAAUGCAGAGUAUGGAGGCUUAAAAAGCACGACAACUCAAACUCUUAGUCAGGCUAAGGCAGCUGCACAAGAUCAAGAUCAGCAAGCCCCUGCCCCUUCCAAUGCCCUUACUCUUCCAGGUUCUGAAAAUACCGGAGAUCCACAAAAAGGUGGGGCUCAAAAUGAUUUAGUUGUUGGUGCAUCUUUGCAACCAAAGAGCCUAACUGAUGCUGGGUUUUCUGGCAAAAGCACAAUGGUUGUUCCUUCUCAUGCUUCGUCUGAAAGGAACCUCUCAACUUCAGUCAUUAUGGAAAGAAUGCCAAGCAAGUGGCCACGUCCAGUAUGGCAUGCUCCCUGGAAGAAUUACAGGGUCAUUAGUGGGCAUUUGGGAUGGGUUAGAUCACUUGCAUUUGAUCCAAGUAAUACUUGGUUUUGUACAGGCUCUGCAGAUCGCACAAUCAAGAUAUGGGAUGUAGGUAGUGGAAGGCUGAAGCUCACAUUAACAGGGCAUAUAGAACAGAUACGAGGCCUUGCUAUUAGCAGCAAACAUACAUAUAUGUUCUCUGCAGGCGAUGACAAGCAAGUGAAAUGCUGGGACCUGGAACAGAAUAAGGUUAUACGGUCUUAUCAUGGUCAUCUGAGUGGGGUUUAUUGCUUGGCCAUUCAUCCCACUAUUGACAUUCUGCUUACUGGGGGUCGUGAUUCUGUCUGCCGGGUUUGGGAUAUUCGUAGCAAGAUGCAAAUUCAUGCGCUCUCGGGGCAUGAUAACACAGUUUGCUCAGUUUUUACUCGACCUACGGAUCCACAAGUUGUAACUGGCUCUCAUGACUCAACCAUAAAGUUUUGGGACCUUAGAUAUGGCAAGACAAUGGCGACUCUCACGCACCAUAAGAAAUCUGUGCGAGCAAUGGCUUUGCAUCCUAAGGAGGAUUGUUUUGCAUCUGCAUCAGCUGACAACAUAAAGAAAUUCAACCUUCCAAGAGGAGAAUUUUUGCAUAACAUGCUCUCUCAGCAGAAAACCAUCAUCAAUGCAAUGGCCGUCAACGAAGAGGGUGUCUUGGCCACAGCAGGUGACAAUGGAAGUAUGUGGUUCUGGGAUUGGAAGAGUGGUCACAAUUUCCAGCAAUCACAAACUAUUGUUCAACCUGGCUCACUGGAUAGUGAAGCGGGGAUCUAUGCUCUCUCGUAUGACAUUACAGGUUCGAGGCUUGUCACUUGUGAAGCAGAUAAGACUAUAAAGAUGUGGAAAGAAGAUGAAACUGCAACCCCUGAAACUCAUCCCCUCCAUUUCAAGCCACCUAAAGACAUCCGACGCUUCUGAUUUGUUUCCAGUGCCUCAAAACUCUGCAGACCGCCUACUUGCAGCAACUUGUGGAAUGAAUUACUCACAUUAAAUAUCUCGAAUAUUUAUUUUUUAGUCUUAGAAUGUUCCAACUAGUAAAAUGAAAAACCACGACACCCCUAUACAAGGGGGAAUCGGUCUUUACAUGGCAGGCAGCAUAGAAAGCUGAGGGCUUGAAUCAACAGAGGAGAAUUUCCAUGGCGGCUCGUUUGAUUUGUCAAUUCAAACAAAAAAAGAAAAUAUUUAGUCAAAGAAAAAUAGCUGAUUUUCAAUUUUCUGUUGCAAAACUGCUAGUUUGGUAUUCUCGAAACAUCCUGAGUAGAAAAUGAGGUAACAAGAUUGGGAAACUCCUCGACUAUUACAUAUGAUUGAAAUGAA